AUGGGAGACAAUAUGUCAGACUCAGACACACUGGACCAUGAAUCAGAGCGGGAAGAGACAGAGAGUUUUGACACUGAACCUCAUCCGAAUCUGUACAGACAUGGCCGGCGCUACUCCUUGACACAUUUGGAGCAGCACCCGUGGCCGAUUGACGAGAUAGAGAAAGACAGACUCGAGGAACAACACGUUUUGCUGCGUGAGCUUUUCGCGGAUAGAUUAUACCUCGCCCCUCUAGAGUGUCCGCGAAAUGUUCUUGAUAUCCGCACCGGCACUGGCUGCUGGGCUAUGGAAUGUGAAAGAUAUCCUUCGUCGACUGUUCGCGGCAUUGAUUUAGUAAAUAUGCAAGAUGAAUGGGUACCACCGAACUGCGAGUUUUGGGUCGACAACCUCUGCCAACCAGGUUGGCAUACCCAAUACACAAAUAUCGACCUUGUUCAUAUUAAUCAGAUUCAGGGUGAUCGCCAGCUUUUGUCGCUCCUACUGGAAGGUUCAUAUAGCUGCUGCGCUCCAGGCGGUUGGGUGGAGAUACGUGAUAUGAGAGUGCAGCUGGAUAACCCUGGAGAAGAUAGCCCAUUCCACAAUUACAUCCGGGAGAUGGCGACAGCCCAGGCCAGAGAUGGUCGCCAGAUGGAUCUUCCUCUUCACUUCGGAGCGGAACUCACUCGGCAUGGAUUUACCAACGUCACUGAACGUAAUUACGACAUACCUUUGUGCACUGAGGGCCGCGAUAAACUGAAAGAAAGAAUCAUACAAAACUGGACGACAGGGCUGGAAGGGUACAGCUUCACACUACUGGAGAAGCAUCUUGGGAAGAACUUCACGGAAACUGUGCUAAUGUGCGCUUCUGCGCGUCGGGCACUAAAGGGUAAGAUUGAGGGAUAUUUGCAAAUGUCGACAAGUCGUGUAUGGACAAAAACCGGGUUAGAUGAGUUAUAG